CGCGUUGCGGCAGCUUUGGUCAGACGGCUAGCCACGGCCACACAUUUUGAAAUCCCAAGAGGUGGCAUUUUCCAAGGAGAGGUACAUAACUGCACCGCCGGAUUCUUUUGAUUUGUGCUUGUGCAGAAACUGUGAAGAUAUUGUGGAUGAGCCCUCUGAAUUUGUGUAAAUGAUGUGGGGUAUAAUGAUGGGAUUUUCAAUUGCUUGUCGUAUGAAUCAUCAGCAAACUCUGCAUAUCAACAAGCAGCUCCAGAUGGCGAUCUAUGGCGAUGGCUUCGGAGCCCAACUCCUCUUUCGCUCCAUCUGUCGAUUCUGAUCCCAAUCCCACCUCCGAUACAAACCCCGCCGGAUUUUGUAUCAUAGAGGAGCUUGAAACAGUGCAGAACUUUGCCACAAUGGAGCUGCAGGAAAUUCAAGAUAAUAUUCGGAGUCGGCGCAACAAAAUUUUCUUGCAUAUUGAGGAGAUUCGCAGGCUGAGGAUACAACAGCGAAUUAAACGCGCAGAGCUUGGAGCGGUAAAUGAAGAUCAAGAAAACGAACUUCCUAGUUUUCCAUCAUUCAUUCCAUUUUUGCCUCCCCUGAGUUCAGACAACCUUAAGCAGUAUUAUGCUGUUUGUUAUUCAAUUGUUGCAGGGUUUAUCCUUUUCGGUGGCCUCAUAACACCCUCAUUGGAGUUGAAGCUGGGAAUAGGAGGGACAUCAUAUGAAGACUUUAUAGUAAAUAUGCAUCUGCCGUUGCAGUUGAGUCAAGUUGAUCCCAUAGUGGCAUCGUUCUCUGGAGGAGCAGUCGGAGUGAUCUCAGCAUUGAUGGUAAUUGAAAUAAACAAUGUGAAACAGCAGGAGCAUAAGCGAUGCAAAUAUUGUCUUGGAACUGGUGUGAUAAUGUCCUAUGUUUCUCUUGAUGGCACGCCAGUUCCGGGGUCAAUUUCACCAGAGAAGAGGCCGGGAGCCAUUACGCCAAGUUCGAAGUGGAGAUGGCAAAGAGUUAACGGGAAUGAAGGACUAGUCUCGCUUACAAAAACGAGUAGUACACUGAAAGUACUCCAACAUUUCGUCGGUAUUUUAAGUUUGGUAGGUCAACGGCAACAUCCAAGCCAGCUUUCCGGUAAUCGUAGAUGACGGAAAGGUCAAGAGUGGGUUUACAGGAGCAUUCAAGUUUGGAGAAACUGAGACAAUACUAAGUAAUGCACAGGAGGCUGCGUGCAAGGUUGUUCCGACACCCUUAGUAGCUGGGAAGUAAUUAUCAUCAACAUGGAUGAUGGCGUUUACACUGGUGUCAAUACCUUCGACAUGAAGUUCGACACCAACGAAGAAAUGUCUUCUCAUCCAAUGCUAAGCGAUAUAUUCUCGAAAUUUCACAUUAUAGUUAAAUGGCUACAUUAUUCUUCAGAAAAUUUACAUAUUUUGUGUGUUUUAUUACCAAUCCUACAUUCGAUACCAUUGAAUUUACUGGUAAAAAUACAUUUCUGUAA